AUGAGCGUCCAAUCCAAGUUCUUUGCUUCCUUCCCUGACCAUCCUCUUCCCCCCACCUCCGCAACCAGGAACUUCUCCAGCCACAAACCCAGCGCUAAGAGGACAGAGACGGUCAAGCGCAGACCAGAGACCCCUGGGAGAACGGCGGGGCCGGGGCUAAGGUGGAGCCUGGAGCGGAAGGGAGAAGAGAAGAAAAUCGGCCCCCAGCGAAAGCAAAGCUGGACCGCGGGCCAGGAGUGGGUCCUCGGGGCACAGCCAGGAGCAGAAAAGAAGCCCUCCGCCCUUGCUCCAAGCGGCGGGGCUCCCCGGGCCGAGGCGAAUCUUAAUAAACCCGGGAGGCCCACGGGGCUUGGGGUUCAGAACCCUCGGCCUAAGGGCCGGGCCGAGCCCCGGAAGGUGGCGUCGUCAUCCAGAUGGAAGAGCCGCCACCACCGGGCCCGUUGGCCAUCCUCGGUGGCCCACAUCGCGGUGGUGGUGGACCAGGGCUCGGGCUUCACCAAGGCGGGCUUCGCGGGCGAGACGGAGCCGCGGAUCGUGCUCAAGAGCUCGAGCCUGCUGCCCAGCUGGGAGGGGCCGGCGUUGCCCGGCAUGGUGGACUGCGGACUGGCGGGCGGCUUGGCACGGGCGCAUCCCAUCAAGCACGGCGUGGUGGUGGACUGGGAGGCGUUGGAGGGGCUGUGGGAACGCCUGCUGGUCGGUGGCCUGAAGGUGCGCCCGGAAGAGUGGCCGGUGCUGGUGAGCGACUCGCCCUUGGCGCCGCCCUCGGGCCGAGAGAAGGUAGCCGAGCUGCUGUUCGAGGCGCUGCAGGUGCCCGCGUGCCACAUGGCCAGCAGCGCGCAGCUGGCGCUCAGCUCCACGGGCGCGCUCAGCGGGCUGGUGGUGGAGGCGGGCGCGGGCGUGUGCCACGCCACGCCCAUCUACGCGGGGCACUCGUGGCGCCAGGCCACCUUCCGGCUGAACGUGGCGGGCAGCACCCUGUCACGCUACCUGCGAGACCUGCUGGUGGCAGCGUGCCCUGACCUCCAGGCGCAGAACCUGUCGCGCAAGACCGUCACGCAGCUCAAGAAGCGCUACUGCUACGUGUCGCAGGACUUCGAGGGCGACCUGCGCGACCCGGCCCGCCACCAGCCGGCUUGUUUCUGCGUGGGCACAGGCUGCUGGGUGCAUCUCGGCUGCGAGCGCUUCCGGUGCCCGGAACCCAUCUUCCAGCCAGGUUUGCUAGGUCACGCCGAGCCGGGACUGCCCACGUUAGCCUUCCAGGCCCUGCAGAAGAUGCCCGCGACCCUGCGCACGCGGCUGGCAGACACGGUGGUGCUGGCCGGGGGCUCCACGCUGUUCCCCGGCUUUGCGGAGCGCAUGCAUGCCGAGCUGGAGGCGCAGUGCCGGCGACAGGGUUCCUCGGCCCUGCAGCCCCGCGUGGUGGCCCAGCCAGGCCGGGGCACGGCUGUGUGGACUGGAGGCUCCAUGGUGGCCUCCUUGCAACCCUACCAAUGCUGCUGGAUGACCCAAGCCAUGUACCGCGAGUAUGGCCCCAGUUUGGUACGGGAAGUGUUCAACUGA